AUGUACAAGCGUCGGGAUUAUGUGGAGCUUUAUGAGAAGGAUCAGGCAAAAUGGGUGCUGCUGCGAAAUGUCAACACUGUGACAAAACCCAGUACUCUGCUGCCGGGCGACUAUGUCUGGUUGGACCUGAAGACCGGUCGAGAGUUUGAAGUUCCCAUCGGCGCCGUGGUCAAACUCUGCGACUCCGGACAAAUCCAGGUGUUGGAUGAUGAAGGAAACGAACACUGGAUCUCGCCGCAGAACGCCACCAACAUCAAGCCGAUGCACCCCACCUCCAUCCACGGAGUGGAGGACAUGAUCCGGCUGGGAGACCUGAACGAGGCCGGGAUUCUCCGCAACUUGCUCAUCAGAUACAGAGAGAAGCUCAUAUAUACGUACACCGGCUCCAUCCUGGUGGCCGUCAACCCGUACCAGCUGCUGCCCAUCUACACCGCCGAUCAGAUCCGCCUCUACACCAACAAGAAGAUCGGGGAAAUGCCGCCUCACAUCUUUGCUAUCGCCGACAAUUGUUACUUCAACAUGCAGAGGAACAACCGAGACCAGUGCUGCAUAAUCAGCGGAGAGUCUGGAGCAGGAAAAACGGAAAGCACCAAACUAAUCCUGCAGUUCCUGGCGGCCAUCAGCGGUCAGCACUCCUGGAUAGAGCAGCAGGUCCUGGAAGCUAACCCCAUACUUGAAGCUUUUGGCAACGCUAAAACAAUCCGUAACGACAACUCGUCUCGUUUUGGGAAAUACAUCGACAUCCACUUCAACAAGAGGGGAGCCAUAGAGGGAGCCAAGAUAGAGCAGUACCUGCUGGAGAAAUCCAGAGUGUGUCGACAGGCUUAUGAUGAGAGGAACUAUCACAUCUUCUACUGCAUGCUGAAGGGAAUGACUGCAGACGAGAAGAAGAAACUGGGGCUCGGCAAAGCCACCGACUACACCUACCUGACCAUAGGAAAGUGUACGGUUUGUGACGGCCGAGACGAUUUGAAAGAAUACUCCAAUAUUCAGUCUGCAAUGAAGGUGUUGAUGUUCACAGAAAAGGAGAACUGGGAGAUUUCAAAGCUUCUAGCUGCAAUAUUACACAUGGGAAACCUACGAUAUGAAGCUCGUACUUACGACAACUUGGACGCCUGCGAGGUCGUCCGCUGCCCUCACCUCACCACUGCUGCCACUCUGCUGGAGGUGGACUGCAAAGACCUGAUGAACUGCCUGACCAGCAGGACGCUGAUCACCAGGGGAGAGACGGUGUCCACCCCGCUCAGCAUGGAGCAAGCGCUCGAUGUCCGAGACGCUUUCGUCAAGGGCAUUUAUGGACGCUUGUUUGUUUGGAUUGUGGAGAAGAUAAAUGCAGCCAUUUACAAACCAACAUCCUCACAACCGAAAGCGCUCAGACGCUCAAUUGGACUGCUGGAUAUCUUCGGCUUUGAGAACUUUACCAUUAACAGCUUCGAGCAGCUGUGCAUCAACUUCGCCAACGAGAACCUGCAGCAGUUCUUCGUCCGUCACGUCUUCAAGCUGGAGCAGGAGGAGUACAACCUGGAAAACAUCAACUGGCAGCACAUCGAGUUCACCGACAACCAGGACGCUCUGGACAUGAUCGCCAUCAAACCGAUGAACAUCAUCUCGCUCAUUGACGAGGAGAGCAAGUUUCCUAAGGGGACAGACGCCACGAUGCUGAACAAGCUCAACUUUCAGCACAAACUCAACACAAACUACAUCCCACCGAAGAACAACUACGAGACUCAGUUUGGUAUUCAGCACUUUGCCGGAGUGGUUUACUAUGAAACAAGAGGUUUCCUGGAGAAAAACAGAGACACUCUGUAUGGAGACAUCAUCCAGCUGGUUCAUUCCUCCAAAAACAAGUUCAUCAAGCAAAUCUUCCAGGCAGAUGUUGCUAUGGGGGCAGAAACCAGGAAGCGCUCUCCCACCCUCAGCAGUCAGUUUAAAAGAUCUCUGGAGCUGCUGAUGAGGACUCUGAGCGUCUGCCAGCCUUUCUUCGUUCGCUGCAUCAAACCCAAUGAGUACAAGAAACCUAUGCUGUUUGACCGGGAGCUGUGUGUGCGUCAGCUGAGGUACUCUGGUAUGAUGGAGACGAUUCGUAUUCGGCGCGCUGGAUAUCCCAUCCGCUACACCUUUGUGGAGUUUGUAGACCGCUACCGGGUGCUGAUGCCUGGAGUUAAACCAGCAUAUAAACAGGAAGACCUGAGAGGAACCUGCCAGCGGAUCGCUGAAGCCGUUCUCGGCAAAGACGACGACUGGCAGAUGGGAAAAACCAAGAUCUUCCUCAAGGAUCAUCAUGACAUGCUGCUGGAGAUCGAGAGAGAUAAAGCCAUCACAGACAAGGUCAUACUCAUCCAGAAGGUGGUGCGAGGCUUUAAGGACAGAUCUAACUUCCUGAGGAUGAGGAAGUCGGCGGUGUUGAUCCAGAAGACAUGGAGAGGCUACCUGUGCAGGAAGAGCUAUGGAGCUAUGCGAGCGGGCUUUUCUCGCCUCCAGGCUCUGGUUCGUUCCAGGAAGUUGUGUGCAUCUUACCAUGUGGCCCGCCAGCGAAUCACGGGCUUCCAGGGCCGCUGCCGAGGUUUCCUGGUGCGUCGGGCGUUCAGGCACCGGCUGUGGGCUGUCAUCACCAUCCAGGCAUACACCAGAGGCAUGAUCGCUCGCCGGCUGUACAAGAGACUAAAGGGCGAGUACCGCAGGAGGCUGGAGGCCGAGAAGAUGCGUCUGGCUGAAGAAACAAAACUAAGGAACCAAAUGUCUGCAAAAAGAGCGAAAGCUGAGGCUGAACGCAAACAUCAGGAGCGGCUGGCCCAGCUGGCUAAAGAGGACGCUGAGCGGGAGAAGAAGGAGAAGGAGGAAGCUCGUAAGAAAAAGGAGCUGGUGGAGCAGAUGGAGAAGGCUCGGCUGGAGCCCGUCAACGACUCCGACAUGGUGGACAAGAUGUUCGGCUUCCUGGGGACGACGAACUCGUUACCCGGCCAGGAAGGUCAGGCGCCGGCUGGAUUCGAGGACUUGGAGCAUUCCCAUCAUGAGCUGGUGGAGGAGGAUCUGGACGAGGCUCUUCCUCUCCCUGAAGAUGACGAAGAGGAGGAUUUAUCGGAGUACAAGUUUGCCAAAUACGCAGCGACCUACUUCCAGGGCACCACCACACACACUUACGUUCGACGGCCUCUCAAGCAGCCGCUGCUGUUCCACGAGGACGAGGGAGAUCAGCUGGCUGCGCUGGCCGUCUGGAUCACAGUGCUGAGGUUCAUGGGAGAUCUACCGGAGCCAAAGUACCACACGGCGAUCAGCGACGGAAGCGAGAAGAUCCCCGUCAUGACCAAGAUCUACGAGACGCUGGGGAAGAAAACCCACAAGAGGGAGCUGCAGGCGCUGCAGGGGGAGGCGGAGACAACUCCUUCUGAAAGCUUGAAGAAAAACAGCGUCCGACACAAACUGGUUUCCCUGACCUUGAAGAAGAAAUCCAAGAUCACAGAGGAGGUCACCAAGCGCCUCAAUGAUGGCGAGUACGGUCUCCACGGCAACAGCAUGUUGGAAGAUCGGCCGACUUCCAACCUGGAGAAACUUCACUUCAUCAUCGGAAACGGGAUCCUGAGGCCGACGCUGAGGGAUGAGAUCUACUGUCAGAUCUGUAAGCAGCUGAGUCAGAACCCGUCCAAAAGUUCCCACGCGCGCGGCUGGAUUCUCGUCUCACUCUGUGUCGGCUGCUUCGCCCCAUCAGACAAAUUUGUAAAGUACCUGAGGAACUUCAUCAGAAGCGGGCCGCCGGGUUACGCUCCGUACUGUGAAGAAAGGCUGAGGCGAACGUUUGUGAACGGGACGCGAACACAGCCUCCAUCUUGGCUGGAGCUGCAGGCCACCAAGUCCAAGAAGCCCAUCAUGUUGCCCGUGACGUUCAUGGACGGCACGACUAAAACGCUGCUGACCGACUCGGCGACGACAGCCAAGGAGCUCUGCAACGCUCUGUCCGACAAGAUCAACCUGAAGGACCGCUUCGGCUUCUCUCUGUACAUCGCUCUGUUCGACAAGGUCUCGUCUUUAGGCAGCGGCAACGAUCACGUGAUGGACGCUGUGUCGCAGUGCGAGCAGUACGCCAAGGAGCAGGGCGCUCAGGAGAGGAACGCCCCCUGGAGGCUGUUCUUCAGGAAGGAGAUCUUCACGCCGUGGCACAGCCCAACCGAAGACCAAGUCGCUACAAACCUCAUCUACCAGCAGAUCGUCCGAGGCGUCAAGUUUGGGGAAUACCGCUGCGACAGGGACGACCUGGCGGAGCUGGCCUCGCAGCAGUAUUAUGUUGAUUAUGGUUCGGAGAUUCUUCUGGACCGCCUGCUGAGCCUCAUCCCGUCCUACGUUCCGGACAGAGAGAUCGGCACGUCCAAGACGGUGGAAAAGUGGGCUCAUUUCAUCAUGGCUGCACACAAAAAGGCUAUUUACGCCCAGAAGAGGUUCGACUCUCAGAAGGUGAAGGAGGAAGUGGUGGACUUUGCUCGCCAUAAGUGGCCGUUGCUGUUCUCCCGUUUUUAUGAAGCGUUCAGGUUCUCAGGUCCCAGUCUGCCUAAAAACGACCUGAUCGUUGCCGUCAACUGGACCGGCGUUUACUUUGUUGACGAGCAGGAGCAGGUCCUGCUGGAACUCUCUUUCCCAGAAAUCAUGGCGGUUUCCAGCAGCAGGGGAGGAAAGCUGCAGGGUCAGAGUUUCACUUUGGCAACCAUCAAGGGAGAAGAGUUCACCUUCACCUCCAACAACGCAGAAGACAUUCGGGACUUAGUGGUGACCUUUCUGGAGGGUUUGAGGCAGAGGUCAAAGUUCGUGGUUGCGCUGCAGGACAGCUCCAAUGCUGGUGAGGAGUCGACCUUCCUGAGCUUUCUCAAGGGCGACCUGAUCAUUUUGGACCAGGAUACCGGGGAGCAGGUCCUCAACUCCGGUUGGGCGCAUGGCAUUAACGAACGAACCAAUCAGAGAGGAGAUUUCCCAGCUGACUCUGUUUACGUUCUGCCAUCCAUGACUCGUCCCCAACCAGAAGUAGUGGCGCUGGUUACCAUGACACCAGACCAGCGGCAGGAGUCGGUUCGUGUUUCUCAGAUCAUCCUGCCAGAGACGGAUGACAGACAGAAACCCUACACUCUGGAGGAGUUUUCUUAUGACUAUUUCAGACCUCCUCCCAAACACACCCUGAGCAGAGUGAUGGUGACCAAAAAUCGAGGGAAAGACAAGAUGUGGAGCUGCACCAGAGAGCCGCUCAAGCUGCCGCUGCUGAAGAAGGUCGUCAGCCAUGAGGAGCUGGCGCAGGAGGCCUGCAUGGCCUUCAUAGCAAUGAUGAAGUACAUGGGCGACUACCCGUCCAAACGGAUGCGCUCCGUCAACGAGCUGACAGACCAGAUCUUUGAAGGAGCUCUGAAGGCCGAACCGCUGAAAGACGAGAUCUACUGUCAGAUCAUCAAGCAGCUCACUGACAAUCACGUCAAGUAUAGCGAGGAGAAAGGCUGGGAGCUGCUCUGGUUGUGCACUGGUCUGUUUCCUCCCAGUAACGUUCUGCUGCCACACAUCCAGCGGUUCCUCCAGUCCAAGAAACACCACCCGCUCUCUGGAGACUGCAUGCAGAGGCUGCACAAAGCGCUCCGGAACGGGUCCAGAAAGUACCCCCCUCAUCUGGUGGAAGUGGAAGCCAUUCAACAUAAAACGACCCAAAUCUUUCACAAAGUUUAUUUUCCAGACGACACAGAUGAGGCGUUCGAGGUGGAGUCCAGCACCAAGGCGAAGGAUUUCUGCCAGAACAUCUCCACCAGGCUGCUGCUCAAAUCCUCCGAAGGGUUCAGCCUCUUUGUCAAGAUCUCAGAAAAGGUCAUUAGCGUUCCAGAGGGAGAUUUCUUCUUCGACUUUGUUCGCCAUUUAACAGACUGGAUCAAGAAAUCCCGACCAGCUAAAGACGGAAUCAUCCCGUCUCUGACCUACCAGGUGUUCUUCAUGAAGAAGCUGUGGACCAGCACAGUUCCUGGGAAGGAUUCGUUCGCUGAUUCUAUUUUCCAUUAUUACCAGGAGCUGCCUAAGUAUUUGCGUGGCUACCACAAGUGUUCUCGGGAGGAGGUUUUCCACCUCGCAGCACUGAUCUUUCGGGUGAAGUUUGACGACAAUAAAUCCCACUUUCCUUCGAUUCCCAAGAUGCUCCGUGAGCUGGUUCCCCAGGACCUCAUCCGCCAGAUGUCUCCAGACGACUGGAGGAGGUCUAUAAUCGCGUACUUCAACAAGCACCCUGGGAAAUCGAGGGAAGAGGCUAAGCUGAUGUUCCUGAAGAUCAUCUAUAAAUGGCCGACCUUUGGCUCCGCCUUCUUUGAGGUCAAGCAAACCACGGAGCCCAACUUCCCAGAGAUUCUGCUGAUCGCCAUCAACAAGCAUGGAGUCAGUCUGAUCGACCCAAAGACCAAGGACAUCUUGACCACCCAUCCCUUCACCAAGAUCUCCAACUGGAGCAGCGGGAACACCUACUUCCACAUCACCAUAGGAAACCUGGUCAAAGGAAGCAAGCUGCUCUGUGAGACUUCACUGGGUUACAAGAUGGACGACCUGUUGACCUCCUACAUCAGUCAGAUGCUCACCAACAUGAACAAGCAGCGCUCUGGGCGGGGCCACAGUAAGUGAACGUCUUAUUGGCAGGAGGCCACCGAGCUCAUCCGCCUGCUGCGCCCCAUUGGUCAGCACUGCAGCUGGGGGCGGAGCUUCGGCCACCAGCUGUGGUGGAUGAGCCGCAGUCCUUCUGCGUAUUCGACGGGAUCCGACCGGACCGAGGACAGCUCGACGGCGAGCGGCGACGACCCCGGAGACGACCCCGGCGAAGGCCCCAGUCACUGGUACCAGUACAGCUGUGAUGACGAAGACGAGCCGUCCAGCGAGGAUGACUACCUCUGAGAGCCGAACGCCUUCAACGCGCCGCUGCCGCUUCCUUUAGAUGAUCAAUUACCUGCUGUCAGAAAUCACCUCAAAUACUAAUAAUACAAUAAAACACACAGCUGAGAUUUUAUCUACGACGGAGUAUUAAGGCCAUACCAAGAAAAAUACAGUCAUCAAGAGAAUCAAGUUGUAAUUUUACGAGAAUAGUCAUACGAAGAUAAAGUUUUAAUAUUACAUGAAUAAAGUCAUGAUGUCAAGGGGACAAAUGUGUAAUUUAUGACAGUUUAUUUUCUUUCUGACUGUGAUACUUCGUUAUAAUUAUCUCCUGUAAAGGUUUUCAUUUUAUGUUUUAACUCUAUCGCCACAAGGGGGCGACAUUUUAAACCAUAAUCAUCUGUUUCAUUAUACGAGUAGAAUUAAAAGCAAAAAAUGAAAGAAAAUACUUAUAUAUGAGCAAUUUAUUUUAUAUUAAAUGACUUAACUCUGUUUUAGAUUGUUUAUGCAUAAAUGGAAAUUAAUAAAGUCUUAGCUGGUUGUAUUACUGCAUGCAGAGUAAAGAAAUAAUGUUCAUAAUGUCACGUUUUUAUGCUCCAGCUGAGAUAAAACUUGAAAAGAAAAA